UUCACAGGAGUUCAUGUCAGAAGAUUCAGUUUUACCAGUGGAUUUGGUGGAAAAGUUCUCGUCGGAUUUCCAUUUUGACAAUCAGGAGCACUGCGCCUGCGACAACAUUCAGGAGAGCUCGUUAAAUCCUCUGGACUACAUCUAGGAAAACAUUAGACAAUUUAAUGCAUCUCUGAAUACCAAACAAGCUCUUUGCUUGCCGAUAACGAGGAGAGAGAGCGAACCAGCCACUGAGCGCACCAGAAGUUUUCGCCAUGAACCAAACGGCAGGAGCCACAAACGCGUAUCGCAGAUGCUCCAAGGGUGGAAAGGAGCUGGUGGGCAGUAACCCUCCGCAGAGGAACUGGAAGGGAAUAGCGAUUGCCCUUCUUGUCAUUCUGGUCAUCUGCUCGCUGAUCGUCACCUCCGUCAUCCUGUUGACACCAGGUGAGGAUGACCGCCUGGCUCUCAAGGGCAAGGUGACUGUUGGAGACCUCUUUAGAAAAGACUUCAAGGUUCAUGACCCCAAUGCCAAAUGGAUAAGCAGUAAUGAGCUAUUGUACCGUAAUCGUGAUGGCGAUGUCGUCAGGUUCAACUUGGACACCAAUGAAAAGACCAUCUUGGUGCAUAACAAGAAGUUUGAAAUGUACAAAGCCAGCAAGUAUGAGGUGUCUCCUGACAUGAAGCAUGUGCUGCUGGCCUACAACGUUGCACCGGUGUACCAGUAUUCUUAUACGGCCUUCUACAUCAUUUGCAGUCUGGAGACUCCGGAGACGUGGAACUUGAACCCUCCAGAGGUGCGAAAUGCUCAGCUGCAGUACGCAGGCUGGGGACCCCAGGGUCAGCAACUGAUCUUCAUUUUUGAGAACAACAUCUACUAUCGCUCUACGGUGGAGAGCCGCUCCAUCCGUUUAGUGUCUACUGGAAAGGAGGGUGUAAUCUUCAACGGGCUCAGUGAUUGGCUGUAUGAAGAGGAGAUUUUCCAGUCCCAUAUCGCCCAUUGGUGGUCUCCAGAUGGUGCCAGGUUAGCAUACGCCACCAUCAAUGACACCCUGGUGCCCAGGAUGGAGCUGCCCAUGUUCACAGGCACACCCUACCCGAUGGGGAAAGAGUACCACUACCCUAAGGCCGGUGAGGAGAACCCAGUUAUCACUCUGUAUGUUGUGAACCUUAACGGCCCUCUUCACACCAUCGAGAUGAGGAGACCUGAUGAUCCCAGGAUAGGUGAGUACUACGUGACCAUGGUGAAAUGGGCCACCACCACCAAACUGGCCAUCAACUGGUUGAACAGAGCCCAGAACAUCUCAAUACUCACACUGUGCGAGGCCACAACGGGAGUCUGCACAAAGAAACAUGAGGAUGAAAGUGAAGGGUGGCUGCACAGACAGAAUGAGAAGCCUCUGUUUUCCAAAGAUGGUCUGAAGCUGUUCUUUACCCGUGCCAUUCCUCAAGGAGGCAGGGGCAAGUUCUUCCACAUCUCCAUGUCCAUCUCUCAGCCCAACACCAGUACAGACACACUGCAAUCCAUCACGUCUGGAGACUGGGAUGUCACCCAAGUCCUGGCCUAUAAUGAGGACAGCCAAUUGAUAUACUUCUUGAGCACUGAGGAUGGUCCAAAACGAAGACAUUUGUACAGCGCCGAUACCUUUGGUUCGUUCAACCGCCGCUGUCUGUCGUGCGCCUUGUCCGACAGCUGUGGCUACAUCAGCGGCUCCUUCAGCCACAACAUGAGCUACUUCCUGCUCAACUGCCAAGGCCGGGACAUCCCGUUUGUAGCCGUCUACAAGACACAGAGAGAUGGGGAAAGUGAGACGCAAGACAGAGAAAGUAUUGCAGAAGUACAUAAACUGGAGAGCAAUGAGAACCUGAGGGUGACCCUGGACUCCAUGCAGAUGCCCAUAGUGGAGUACAAGGAGAUCAACAUGGAUGACUACACCUUGUCGUUGCAGAUCCUCAAACCUGCCGGCUUCGUGGAAACGUCCCACUAUCCCCUGCUCCUGCUUGUUGACGGGACACCCGGUGGCCAGAUGGUGGCGGAGCAGUUUCACAUGGACUGGAGCACAGUGCUGGUGAGCAGCUUCGGCGCCAUCGUGGUGCGCUGCGACGGACGGGGCAGCGGCUUCCAGGGCACCAACCUGCUGCACAGGAUCCAGAAGAAGCUGGGCGUGUUCGAGGAACAGGAUCAGAAUGAUGCACUCAAUGUUAUUUUGAAAGAGCCGUACAUUGACAAAACCAGAGUUGGAGCUUUUGGAAAGGUGUAUGGAGGCUAUGUGACCAGCCUGUUGGUCAGCGGCGAGGAAUCCCCUGUAAAGUGCGGCGCUGUCCUCUCGCCCAUCACCGACUUUGAGUUAUAUGCCUCUGCAUUUUCAGAGAGAUACCUCGGACUGCCUAAACCGGAUCCAAGGGCAUACACGAUGGCAAAUUUAGCCCACAGAGCAUCUCAGUUCAUAGAUAAGAAGUUUCUUAUUAUCCAUCCGACAGCUGAUGAAAAAGUCCAUUUUCAACAUACAGCGAAAUUCAUCGCCCAGCUCAUCAGUGAAAAGGCCAACUACACUCUACAGAUCUACCCAGACGAAGGCCACUUCAUUCACAGCGAAGCAACAAGGCAGCACCUCAGUCAGUCCCUGGUGAACUUCUUCGCGGAAUGCUUCAGGCUACCAGAAAUAGUAUUUGAGGAGGCGCUGGAGGAGGAGAGCGAAGACGAGGGUUAGCCUGGCCUCCUGAGGGUCACGUGCCCAAGAUCCCAAAUCCUACCCACCCAUACGUUCCGCACACACUAACCUCCAUCCUGUCUCUGUGCCCAAGCACAACACUGGCAUACAGUCAUCCACAAUAUGCAACUCUCACCUGUUCUCAGUUUGAUUUUGAUUUUUGAGACUGCCUUUCCAGCAGACGACAGAUCUACUCCUACAUCCACCCUCACAUCUUCUGCCCCGAGUUCAAACCCAAAAGGCCCCUCCAGAGAGCCAACAAAGACUGAUGACCCGACGCGAUGUUUUGGAAUAUACCGAUCGAUUUAACAGGAAGCUUCACAGCAGGAUGGACCAGCUCCUCAAAAGCAGUGGAGAGAAAGCAUCAGCUCUCACACAGACUUUGAAGCUGUGAGGAGAAGGAACACCUUAUAGCACAUAACUGGUGGGAUUGUAUAUUAAUGAAACUCAGACGCCUGGUGAAAAACUUUGGUUGUUCACUACGGGUGUCUGGAAUUGUGCGGAUAACAGGAAAUGUUACUAUUUUUAAAGUUGUGAAGAACUUUCAUGUGGGACUGUGGUUGUGUCUAUUGUUCUUACAGUAUGUAAAAUAGCACACAGACAUUCACUCGGCUAUUACGGAUAUAUUUUCUUUUGGUAUUCCUGUUUGCCCUGAUGUUGGUUUCAUCUCGUAGCCUCAUUUUAUUUAUUUCAGUGACGCUGACACAAUUCUCUUAACUGGCGAAAUGUUUAGAAGAAAAAAAAAAUACCAUGGGUUUGUUCAUGUUCAUUUGAGACGCUUUUAUUGUGACGAUCCAGUUUAAUCAAACAGAAGCAUCAAUUCGUUUUAGUCACUGUGCCUUACUUUGUCAGAGAAGUAUGCUGUGGGAUUGCAUUUAUGAACUACAACGAGGCUAAUUUUAUAAGAAUAGUUUGAUAUUUUGGGAAAUUAGCUAAUUUGCAGUCUUGUCAAGAGUUAGAUGAAAAGAUUGAUUCCACUAUCAUGUUUGUUAAAUCUGAGGGUACAACCGGUUAGCUUAGCAUAAGGUUAGCCUGGCUCUGUCUACUAGCUCCUCUUAGCGAGUUAUACUGUGACUUGAUGUAUUUCACCUGUACAAAAACUACAAAUUGUGGUUUUAUGGGUCGGUUAUGACAGGAGCACUCACUUCCUGGAGUCACUAGAGCCAGGCUAGCUGUUUUCUCCCUGCUUUUAGUCUUUAUGCUAAGCUAGCUGUCUCCUGGAUCAGACUUGUGGCAAGAAAGCGAAUAAGCAUAUAUCCCAAAAUGGCAGCUAUUGUUAAAGGUCCAGUGUGUAACAUUUAGGAGGGUCUCCUGGCAGAAAUGGAAUAGAAUAUUCAAUGAUAUGUUUUCAUUAGUGUUUAAUCAUCUGAAAAUAGGAAUUGUUGUGUCCUUGUUACCUUAGAAUGACACGUUUUUGUCUACAGUAGCCCAGAACAGACAAACCAAACACUGGCUGUAGAUAGGGCCUUUUGUGUUUUUCGUGGCCACCAUAGUUUCUCCGUCGCACUUUGUUAAGACAAGGGGAUUUAGUCGGUUGCAAUCUGCAAUCUCACCGCUAGAUGCCAAGAAAUCCUACACACUGGUCCUUAAAAUCUAUAGCUUGAAAUAGACUAUACUAUAAUAAGAGCUACUCUCAACAGCUAAUAUGUGAAACUGAAGGGAUUUUCACAGAAAAGAAAAUGAACCAUUCUCUGAAAAUAUGCCCACUGAAAAAAGUGUACAGAAUCUGCAUGCAUCGUUGCUUUAUAAGAUGUUUAAGAACGGGAGGUGACGAACAUGUACAACCAGUACAGAGACUGCAGUGUUUGUCAUUGAAAGUGCUGUGUCACUUCACACUAAAGUGAAUACAUAGUUCAAGGUUGAAGGCAAGAAGCCAUUAGGAUUAGUGUUACACCCCGAGAAAUUAUGCAUUUGUAUAUAAGGUAGAAAAAUGUCCAAUGAAGACAUGCCAACAUGACAUACGAAAUGAUGAAUUCCUGAGGCACAAGUUUAAUUUUCCAUUUUUAAUUUGAAUGGCCAUUUGUGUUACGUUUCAGUGCAUGUUAAGAGGUUAUUUGCAGCACUAUCCCGAUAGCUCAGCUCCACAUGGUAAUUUUGACAUCUUGAAUGUUCCUUACUGGAUUGCAUAAAUUACAUUUCCAGUAGUAUUGUGAUUGAGAUCCCAGUCUCGUCAGCUUGAUGUGUAAAUGUUAUUCAAAUAUCAUUUUAUUCUAAAAAAAAAAAAAAAAGAAAAGAAAACAGAAACAAUAUUACCUGAGUGUUAUUUGUGCAUAAAGCAUUUUGGAAGUUA